GCCAACUAGAGAACAGCAACGCCAAUCCCUCUCAGGCAUGCUUCCCCGCAGUUUAUUUGGCCCGUACGCAAAACCAAACCAAUCUCACUCUGACACGCUAUCACCCGCCCUCAAGCUCAUGUCCAACAGCGAGCGAGGUAAAUACUACAGACGCAGACGCAAGGUCUACAGUGCACAGCUCGAGAGUAGUGUGGCCGGUCUUCGCGAGGAGAUUGCAGCUCUGACGAUAUCACACCAAGUACAGCAGGAACUAGCAGUAUCACAACGUCGUACUCCGUUGGGUGCAGCAGCGCGUAUUGUGGACGAAUACUGCUCACUGUUUAGCCAUGGAACUCCUGUUUGUCUGGCUGUGAACGAGCAGGACGUGUCAGCAUCGCUCGUGGCGCAGGCAACCAAUGCCCAACGAGGGUUCCUGAGAGCGAUCAUGAUCGACAAUGUGCGCUUCGGUGAGUUUCUGGGCGUGGAUCUGCUGUUGCACCAGUGGGAGCGCUAUUCACUGUAUCACGCAGCUAUCGAGUGGACCAUGAAAUCGCUCAAUGUUGUCCAAGUAUGCGAUGCCGGACCGCUGGUGGUUUCCAUCACGGCCGAUCUUCGCGUUCGCUACUCGCGCCGUACAAUUGAGGAAGUAUUUCCACAUUUGCUAGGAGAUGAAGCGCUGGUACAAUCUCUCAUUGGACUCGAGGUCACAUACCCUUGUUCCAAUCAUUUCUACUUCAGUCAGGACGGAAAGAUCGAAUGGUAUGCACCGGAAGCAGACUUUGUAGGUGCUCUUAUGGGCGUGCUGAAAGACCCGGUAGUAGUAGCUCGGGUCAUUGGGAAUGCAUUGAUCAAGAAGGGUCACAUGAUUGGGGACGAGAGCGACGGCCGACAGCUUGCGCUCACGGAGUCGGAGUUCACAGCAGAAGUAAGGAACCCCACUCUGGUCGAAGACUCAUCGUGCGAUUCGCCAGCUAGCAACUCUUUAACCAGCUACAAGCUCAAUGGUAUAAACGGCACCUCGGAGCCUCGUCAGCCCAGCCAGAUGAAACUUGCGUACAUAUUGGGCGAGUAAAUGUGUUUGUAAAAGUGGUAUUCUCAUAGAUUUCUCCGAUUAAAAAAUAAAUCUUACCAGCAACAUGGGUAUCCUGGA